AUGGAAGGCGAUAACAAAUUAAUUUAUUUUAACAAGUCGUCAAUAAAAUUGGGUGAGUUAGAAAGGUACGUUAUUACAUAUGACUUAUACCAAGGCGAUGACAUUCCCGCUGAUAUCAGACUAGACUCCAUAUGGGUAAAGAUCAAGAAUACAACAAAGUUAUCUUAUAAAGCAGCCUAUCUGUUAGGACCAUUCAUCCUAUAUUGUGAUGUGCGAGCAAAAGAUUACGAAAACUCUCGUAAGAUCAUAUCUUCGAUGGAUAAGCCUGUAUUCCAACCAAAUCUGCAGGCGCAACAAAAUUUUUUGACAGAGUUAUCUCUGCACGAGAUCAAACCACGUUAUGUGUGGAUAGUGGAUGUUGCCAGUCAAAUAAUUUUCAAUAAAGAAACUAAGGUGAAUUUUGAGAUAUCAAUUGGCAGUUCAAAGGCUUCUUUGAAGAAGAGAACGCGAUGUGAUGACACAUCGUCUGGCAAAGUUUGUAACACUUCAUUCAUUGGAUUAUCAGUGCAAAGACUAACUACUGCCGAAAUAUGGGAAGUACCGCCAGCUAUCAGCUUAUCCCAAAAGUCACAUUUGGUAAUUCUCACACACGGUUUCCAAUCAAACGUUUCCGCAGAUAUGGCUUAUAUGAUGGAGGAAAUAUACAAGUCGCAAAUGAACUUUCCAAAUGAACGUCUAGUCAUCAAAGGAUACAUGAAAAAUAUUUGCGAAACUGAGAAAGGUAUUAAGUUUCUGGGUAUUGGAUUAGCAAACUACAUAAUUAACGAGUUAUAUGAUGACUCUGUUGAAAAAAUUUCAUUCAUCGGUCAUUCCUUGGGCGGAUUAAUACAAACUUUUGCUAUUUGCUACAUAAAGACUAAACAUGCUGAUUUUUUCAAGAAAGUACAGCCAGUUAAUUUCAUCUCACUGGCAUCGCCAUUGCUGGGUAUUGCUACCGGCACGCCCAAUUACGUGAAAAUGUCAUUGUCAAUGGGUAUCAUUGGUACGACGGGACAAGAAUUGGGGCUCAAGGACACGACUUAUAGUGAUAAACCACUUCUUUACAUGCUAUCUGAUGAGUCUUUAAUUAAUGUCCUUUUUCAAUUCAAAAGAAGAACACUUUAUAUCAAUGCUAUUAACGAUGGAAUAGUUCCAUUGUACUCAUCCUCUCUGCUUUUUUUAGAUUAUUCUCAACUGCUUCAGAAAUUGGCGGGUGAAAUCACGUCAUCCUGUGACCCUUUCUUCCAGCCUCCAGUAGACCCUCGUAAGGCUCCUCCAAAUCAAAACAAUAACGACAGUGAUAAUAACAAAAUUAGCACAUCAUCGUGGAACACCUUUUGGAAGUCUAAGGGAAAUCAGAGCAACAAGAAAUCUAAGCGCUUGAUGAAUACUUCCGUCAUCAAAUCCAUGAAGUCUGUGGUUCUACCACCUUGCCCUGAUCCGGAAUUCUUCUUGAAUCCUGAUGCAAGGGCCACAACAAUAAUACAUGAUAAGAUUUACACAGAAAAGGAUCUGCCUCCUCCAUCAUCGACGCUUUACGAAGGAACUACACUCAAAGGAGACGACAAGACCAAAAAGACAAGAAAGGAGAUGGAAGAAAUCAUAGCACGACGCUGGCACAAGGGGAUGGACUGGAGGAAAGUCGUAGUAUCGCUAAAACCGGACGCCCAUAAUAACAUUAUUGUAAGACGAAGGUUUGCUAACGCUUACGGAUGGCCAGUUAUUGACCAUCUUGUUGCCACACACUUCAAAAGAGAUGAUUCAGACACUCCACAAAAGCUAAAUAAUCGAUCCAUUGAAGAAGACACAAGAACGGUAACCAACAGUGUAGAACCGAACAAGCUCUUCUCUUGGCUGACUAAGAUCGAAGAUCCGGGUGCGUACCGUGGAGGGUUAGUCUCCACCGCCAGCCACUUCGCUAGCUCCUGGAUUAGCAAGCACUCCUCUGUGACAGAUUGA